AUGCCUUCCGAGGAACCUGAGAAAGGCGACAAAGUCAUGUGGAAUUGGGGCAGUGGUCAGCCCGGUGGCACCGUCGCCGAGACGAAGACUGAAGGCGAGAUCGCUAUCACUUCCAAAAAAGGCAACAAGAUCAAGAAGAACGCAGAGCCUGGCAAUCCCGCCGUCCACGUCGAACGCUCCGGCAACGAUGUAGUCAAGAAGGCUUCCGAGCUCAACGUUGAGGAAAAAGCCAAUGGGUCCUCGGGUUCCAGUGACAAGAAAGAAGAGAAGAGCGAAAGCAACACUGGUGACAAGAGGAAGCAUGACGAAACAGAGAAGAACGGCGACAAGGAAGAGAAGACCGAAGACAAAGCAGAUGAACCCUUAGAGGAAAACGCCGAUGGGAAGACGGUCAAAGCCAAGGACAGCAACAAGAAGCAAAAGAAGGAGCCUGCCAAGAAAACGACCAAGGCAGAAGAAAAGGCAGACAAGGCAGAGAAGAAAGAAGAAGCGCCGGUCGCAGAGAAAGGCAAACGUGGUCGGCCCAAGAAAGGCGACAGCGCCCCUGCAAAGGCGAAGAAGACGCCUACUCCCCGUGCCACUGAAGGUAUCGGCUCAAGGACUCGGAGUCGCAACUGA